ACUCUAGCGAGUCAUUUUUGCCCCUCGUCAUGGGAAAAUGUAAGUUUUCACAACUUUGGCUCGAUGACCCGUUAUUCAAAGAUUGGCUUAAGCCAGUCAUGGGGAAUGAUCGAGAGGCGUUUUGUAAAGUGUGCAGAAAAAUUAUAAAUUUGACCUGGAACGGUGUGACGGCGAUCAAAUCACACCGAGCAUCCACCUUUCACCAGCAGCGGAUUCGCGCGUGCGGGGAGCAGAUCCCUGUUUCGUUUUGUGGUGCUACACAAAGCACCGCAACUGCAACCUCAAGUGUAAAGAUGCAGACGCCUGCAGAAUCAAUCCUCCACAGCGGCUACUUCCACCCGACCCUCCGAUACUGGCAGACCUGCAUCGCCGAUUUAAGACCUGACAAUCUUAUCUACCCAAUCUUCAUUACAGACAGCGCAGAUGCAGUGGAGCCCAUUGGGAGCCUCCCGGGACAGGCCAGAUAUGGAGUGAACAAGCUGGAGGGAGUGUUGCGGCCACUUGUGAAUAAUGGCUUGAAAUGUGUGCUCAUUUUUGGUGUCCCGGCGAAAAUUGUAAAGGACGAAAGGGGUUCAGGCGCCGACACUGAUGACACGCCGGCAGUGCUGGCGGUCAAGAAAAUCCGAUCUUUGUUCCCAGAGCUGCUGGUGGCGUGCGAUGUCUGUUUGUGUCCCUACACUUCACAUGGUCACUGCGGUAUCCUGAAUGACGACGGCACGCUGAACAAUGACGCCAGCUGUCUGCGUUUGGCUGAAGUAGCGCUGGCGUACGCUCGUGCCGGGUGUCAGAUCAUCGCUCCCUCUGAUAUGAUGGAUGGAAGAGUGAGAGCCAUAAAACAAGCACUGAUAUCCAAUGGUUUGGGAAACAAGGUUUCAGUGCUGAGCUACAGUGCAAAGUUUGCUUCUUGUUAUUAUGGUCCCUUCAGGGAUGCCGCACAGUCGAAGCCUGCAUUCGGGGACAGGCGCUGCUAUCAGCUGCCUCCUGGAGCGAGAGGACUCGCCAUCCGGGCUGUGGAGCGGGACGUGAGAGAAGGUGCGGACAUGCUGAUGGUGAAGCCUGGUCUGCCAUAUCUGGACAUCAUAAGGGAGGUCAAAGACAAGUUCCCCACUCACCCCUUGGCGGUGUACAACGUGUCGGGGGAGUUCGCCAUGAUGUGGCACGGAGCGCAGGCUGGAGCAUUUGACUUAAAGGCUGCUGUGAUGGAGGCCAUGACGGCUUUCCGCAGGGCAGGUGCUGACAUCAUCAUCACCUACUACACACCUCAGCUGCUCACCUGGCUGAAGGAGUGAAGAAUGAUGAUCUGGACCAGAAUGGAGGCGGACCACCCGACAGAGCGUGCUAGCUUAGAGUCCCCUUAUGGGAAAAAUGAGGAAAAAAACAUUUUGAUUAUUUUUGGGCCUUUUUCUGUUGUUUCUGGUCAGUUUCACGAUAACAGCUCAAAUAGUAAACUGCACAUUUAUGUAAUGAUCAUUUCUUUAAGCGAGUCCAGUAUCUCACAUAUCUGUUUGAGCUUAUUAAGGGCUGAUAUGGAGUCGAACACUAAGAAUAUAAAAGUAGAUUCAAUUAUCUCUCUUUACUGAAUGUAUAUUUGUAUGAACCGUGGCAUCCUAAAUGUCUGAUAUGUGACGAGUCAUCCCAGAGGAAAUAAAGUGAUUCACUCA